AUGGGAACUAUGAGAACGAAGAACGAGAAGGUGUGGGCCACUCUUCUCGUGAUUGCCUACCUUCGCACUUGUCUGGCUUCGAAGAAAGACGAAUGGGAGCUGGUUGUGGAGAAGGCCAUUGAUUGGUUGACAAAUGACCAAGGCUGUUGUGAUAUUGAGGCUCUAAUCCAGAAGGCUGAGGCAGAGUUGAAAAAGCUUAUAAAGAAUUAA